AGAGAUGUGUUGUAUGUAUCCUUCAUAUUAAUCUAUCCAAAAAUUAACACGAUUAAAUAAAAUAUAGGAAAGACUGUAUGCAAGUUGGAUUUCUUUCGUGUUUUUUAGACAUUCCUGAUAAGGUGACAAAUGUUUUGGUUUCUAAUGUCAAAAUGAGAAAUGCAACAAUAACAUGGAAUCUUCCAUCCAAAAUAGAAGGGAACAAUAAAAUCGAAUACAUGCUUAAAGUAUGUAAAGAAACAGCAUGUAAGACAUAUGGAUGGAUGUCCGAAAGAAUGGUUGCUGUCAAAGAAUUGGAACCAGCAACCAUUUAUGCUUUUGAAAUUACUGCACGAGGAGAUGAGUUAGUGGCAGGGCCUAAAUUUGAAAGCACAUUUCAAACUGCUAGCAAGAAUGAUUUACUCAAAUUGUCGAAUGUUAGGGUGUCAUCAAAGUACUGGAAUGCAGUCAAAUUGGAUUGGGAUCAAUCACAGAACACUGACAAAAUUGACAAAAUUAUUCUUCAAAGUAACGCAACAGGAACAUCAAAAGUGGAAUUGGGUCCAUCAGAGACUGAAUACCAAUUUUCUAACUUAAAUAAAGGAACCACGUAUCUGUUUAUUGUUUAUGCUGUUGGAAAAAAUGGGGAAAGAGGAUUGUCUAGUGAGAUUGUCGCGAGCACUCUCGCUUUAGGAAAAGCGGGAAAAGCCACGCAAGUAAAAGUCAAACAGAAAAAAGGAUUAGAAAAUAGCGCUGUAGUAAUAAAGUGGAAACUACCUCACGAUGAUGAACUGAGAAAAAACUUACCUGAUGCCCUAACCUACAGAGUGUUGUAUUGUUAUGACAAUACGAAUUGCAAAAGCGACACAACUAAUGCCAGAGAAAUUGAACUCUUAAAUUUAAUGUCUGAAACCUCUUACAACUAUACACUGACAACAAUUGGUGACGAUGGUACUCAUGGAGAAAGUAUUCAAGGACGUUUCAAGACCCACUCAAAUAAACCAUCGGAGCCACAGUCCAUUGUAAAGAAAAGGACUUCUAGUACAAGCAUUAUCCUUAGCUGGUCCUACCCAGAUGUGAUUGCAGGAACAAAAGAGAAGGAAAUGAAAUUUUUGGUUAAAUACUGCGAACAAGGAGAGCCGACAAAAUGUAAAAAUGAAACGGUUAAUCAGGUUAGUCAUACUUUGACAGGAAUCGAAGCGUCCAAGGGGUAUUUUGUAUCUGUCACUCCAAUUAGCAAAAAUGGUGAACUUGGUGAAGCAACUAGAUUUGAUGUGGCUCCUGUUGCAGAAGGAAACGAAGAUGGAGAUAGUGGUUUAUCCGGAGGCGUCAUUGCUGGCAUAAUAAUCGCCAUAAUUGUUGUUAUAAUCUUGCUGGUUGUUACCUAUAACGUGUGGCAAAAGCGAUCUAAAAACACUCCUAAAGCCACACAACAAAACGCAAAAAAAAUGUCAACUGACCGUGAAUAUGAAAUGCAACAAUAUCGCCAGAAGCAGCUGCAGUAUCAACAGCAAAUGUAUUUACAACAACAACAACAACAACAACAAUAUCGAAGGCAACAACAACAACAGCAACAACUAUAUCGAUACGCGCCAAACAAACAAUACAGACGAAAUGAUUAUCCAAUCGAAAUGGAUGGAAGAUAUUAAACAAUGGAAAUGUUUGUUUUUUUCAUUAGUUUUUAAGGCAUCAAUAUUUCUUGCGUUGUGCUCUUUUAACUGCGUUAUUUAUAUUUAAAUUUCCUAUUGCAGACUAAAAAAUCUAUUUUGUAUAUAAAUUAUUUCGUCGACAUAUUCUUUAUUAUAAAAUAUAAGUUUACAUGUCUGUUUUAAUUUAGUUGCAGCCUUGUCAAUGGAGUUUCAGUUACAUAAAAACCUAUAUAAGGAGAAACCUAAGGAGAUAGUUAAAUAGUGUUGCUGGAAGAGGUUAAAGAAUAGGGGCAACAGUGACGAAAAUGUUAAUGGCGGCAACAACAAGUUUGACGACGGCGAAUAUAGUUUCUAAAACAGUGCAAAAUAUUCU